AGUGCAUCAUUAAGAUUAUAAGCAUCAUUUUCAUUGAAUCCUGGUUACAUAUUUGUGUGUACUCAAGUUGAAAAUGGGACUUGGAAUAAUAUGCAAGUUUCAUCUUUUCUAUUGCAGCGAGUGGGUCGGUUAUGCACUGGCAGCAUCCUUGCUACUAGCGGUGGGCACGAUGGUCCGGGCCAAGCAGAGAAAGAUAGGUGAGAUAUGCUCAGAGGUGAUCAUCGACAAGUCCUCGGACAAGAUGACGAUGGAGAGUAUAGUGGAGGCACAACACAUCAUGAAGAAGGUGCACGAGUACGUCAAGACGACGAACUUCGUGAUCCUCAGGCUAUGGUCCAUUAUUCUAGCCCGGUCACCAAAGGAAAUUCACCUGUGCGGCAGCGGCGGGGAAGGAGCAGCAUCGGCAGCCCUGAUAGAGGAAGCCAUGUUGCCGUUUUGUAGGGGUGCGCCGGAAUCCUUCUCCGUCCGCCUCGCCGUUCAGAUGUCAAGCGACCCGGCUGCCAACACCGACCGCUGGGUAGCGUGGCCCGCCCACGCCGUGUCGCCGGCCCAGGGCGACCUCAACCUUGCGCCUUAG